CGGUCGCGGAACCGGCUGGCUGGCCUCGAGCAGCCACUGGCUUCUAUACAGCACAAGAGCAAGUGACGCUUUUUCGCCGGUGCAGAGCACCAAGUGACUGACCAAUUACACUACGGUACAUUAUCGGCGCACGUACAUAACCCUAGGAAUCAAUCAUCAUUCAUUUUUGUCAAGUCUGUCUGCCUGCCUGCCUGCCUGCCUGCCUGCCUGCUGCAGCACUGUGGUCACGGCCGCGGCCAGCAUCGAGCGCUACCGUCUCCUAAUAUCACAGGCGCAAUCGCAUUCCCUCGGGCAACUCGUACUACACAUACACAGACAGACACACACGCUCACACACACACACACACUCACAUAUCGAAAGCACCGAAAGAUUCCCGUCGAGGCGGCAGCAGCAGUAUUGGAGAAGUCUAGCCCGUUGCCUAUUGGGCCUCUUCGGACUCGCCCGGACGGGUUUUCGCCGCUGAACGGGCCCGCGAGCUCGUCGUCUGGGUUCACGAGUCCGUUCGAGUGUUGGCUAGCUUAGUCCCUGCCGCUACUGCCGUCGCUGCCCAUUUUGGUGAUGAUGCUGCUGCCGUUUCGGGAUUGAAGCCGCUUGAUCUCAUCUGCUUCUUCUUCGUCGUCGUCAUCACCGCCAUCAUCAUCAACGCCUGACUUCUCUAGCUAAUCGUCGUAUCGGCCAUUAUCCGUUCCAUGCGUCCGCUUCAGGGCAGCGCAGCAGCAAGCGUCAGCGAACCGCGGUGGCGUUCUAUAGCCGCCGCAGCCACUCUGCCCCCGUGAAAUCGGCCAGGUAGAAUCAGGCGCUGAGAAAUGAAAACUUCGUGAACAGCGUCUGAGCGAAUAGCAGCAGGCUACGCAAACGGCAAGGUUGUCUUUACUGAACGAGCGAAAAUGCUUGUGUCGUAACGAGGCCGAAGGGAGCGUCGCCGAGUUUAAGAAAAACCUCACAAGGCACCUACGAAAGUAAUAUGGUGCGUGCGUGUGCGUCUGUGUGCUUCUCUACGAGUAGAAGCCUGUUUCUCUAGUUUCUUUGGUGUCUUCGUUUGUGUCUGUGAGAGUGAAUUUCUUCAUUUGAUCUGGAUGGCGGCUGAUGUACGGAAACGAGUGCUGAAAACAGUUGACAGCAAAAUUAAAACCAGCGUGAGCAGCAAUACGCUGAGCGCGUGAAACUGAGAGCCAUCUUGCAUUGCCAUUUGUAUUUCAUUUUCAGCCCAGAUUACUCUUAUGAUUAAUGUUAUAAAUAUAUCUUCGAAAGAGUAUAUAUAUCAGUGCUUAGCAAUUGAUCUACAACUCCACUGCCUCUGAGGACGGCCACGAAAGCCUUUCAUCUCUCCUAUCUUACGAUAAAGGAUAAAGAUAAACAUAUCUUAAACAGUAGUGCCUACCAGAGAUUUGUCGGUUUCUGUUCUACCAAGCAACCCUAACCUACCGAGAAUCAAAGAUGAUGGGUAAACAUCCUAUCGGCUUGACGAAGCCGAUAGCCACAACAACUAUGAUGAGAUUUUAUCGAAGGAAGCAAUAACACAUUUACAUGCAAAUAUCUCUCUUGAAAAAAGAACAUAAAAAUUCCGCCAUUAUCGGAGGGUAAAAGUUGACCGUUAAGAGUAUGCCCAAAAGCUACUUAAGCGCGAAGCGGAACAAGAAGUCUAUGAAGUAUCUACGAUAAUAAACAUCAUUAUCAUACCCAGAGCAGGCUAAAGCGACCACGACGAAUAGGUCUUGGACAUGUACAGAAAACAAACGCUGCUAGUCAGGACCCCGGACGCCUAAGGCGAUUCGAUAUAGAUGGUACGGUUCGACAUUCGCGGCGUCAGUAAUAUCUUCACGGCUUUUCCAUUUCUACUACAACUAUAGCGCCAGCGCGCUAAUGGAAUAACAGACCGAACCCUGUGUGCGAGGGUAUACUAAAGUAAUUGGGUGAGCUUAGCAGGUGUGCAUCCUCGUUCAUCAGCAGCGACUGGACAGUGUCUGGCACGAGAUGUACGGAAGUAUCACAGUAUCGCGUGCCAUCCUGCUAAGGGCCCUUAUUGUGGCGUUGACCCUCGUAGGCAGCCAAUGUGAAAGUGUUGCUGUGACGCGAUGGAAGCUUUGCGGAAAUCGGCUGUCAGACAUCGCCAUUAUGAUUUGCCAGAACCGCGGAGGUAUCUACGAGCCGCGGGAAAGGCGUAGCGGACUACUCGAAAGAGCAGUUGGAAGUUACGAGAGGCGUAUAAGACGCAGCGAAGAUGGAAUCGUUGAGGAGUGCUGUCGAAAGUCGUGCACCUAUGACCAAAUAAUUCAAUACUGCGCACGACCACUACAAAACGAGGAAUCCACUAAGCAGAACAUCGGUGAACUCCUGGCCAUCUCACGGGGUCCAGGAAUUGCGAUAAGUGCUAACGACGACCGCAGGACCACAACCCGACCAGCUCGCGUCAGCACAUACAGACGGCCUAGUGAUGAGCAAAUAGUCUUCCUUGACUGAGUGAAUAGAUUAAAUAAGCCAUUUUUUUUUUUACAGAAAAACAGGCAAAGCAGUGCGCGGCCGCAGGAAUAGAAAAUGCUGUCAAUGGCGGCGAAAACGAAUUAAAGGACGUCUCUGCACGAGGCAGAUUGGCAAUGCAGUCCUACUAAACCGCUUAAUUUAAGAUUUUGACAGUGUCGUCGUAAUAACAAAAGCACCCAGAUCAGGCACCGCGCGAGUAAGAUCAUCGAGAGUUUGGCUCAAAUUAUUAGGUCCCGCAGCAACAGUAUGAUAACACGAACAAUGCGGGCCUGUACACUUCUGCUAUCUGCAGCGCUAAGGACUCGUUAGACAACAAAACUAUGUCCUGUGCUAUGUCGUCUAUCCUUUGGAAGUGCAAGAACAAUUGCAAAUUUUUUGCGACCACGAUUCUUAACUUCCAUCUAGAUUAAGACAAUGGCACUGUAAAACCAUCCACGACGUUUUCAAGCCUGGUCCGCUCGCAUCUCGUCGAGUUGUCUGCAAGGUAGGUCUAUAACUGGUCCGCUAUUAAUCCGCGGUAGAACCGAAUAGCUGGGAGACAGUAACGGCUGCAGACUAAUGGGCUUGCGGUUGUGAAGCCUAAAACGGUCCAACCUAUUCAAAUGAAGUCUUCCCGGAGACGUCUAGGGUUUUCGUCCGUUGUUGAACUCUGCCUGUUCGCUACUAUUUCUGUUGAUCUGAACAAAGCAAAAGUCUGUAGUUUAAAUUUAGUUGUGUUGAAUAUCUAGUGCUUGAUUUCGGUUUGUGCCUACAUUCUACUGGGACAUGGCUGCUACAUACAACCAAGUCGACCAACGGCGUGGAACCAGUGAUUGCGUUGACAUAUGAAUUUAAUCAUUCUUACACCUGUCAUUGUAUUCUCAUCCUUGCUAUUCCGAAUAUAUAUAAAUAUAUAUGAUAUCGAUAUAUAUAUAUAUAAGUGUAUAACUAUAUAUACAUAUAUAGACACAGCCGCACACGCAGAACCACAUACAAAUAUAUGCAUACUCAGUACGUUUAACAGUAACGGCAAUGACUAUUCAUAAACGUAUCGUACAUCAAAUGCUUUUUGGAGACUAUCCAGAAACACGAGCCGGCUCCCCUUCAAUGUGAUGCUUCUAGUUCAGGCCAAACCCAAGCAUAAAAAUUUAACUAUGCUGAACUAAUCAGGUAAUCAUCGCUUCCUACUCUGAGACACCUUAACAAUAUGAACAUAAUAUCAUAAAUAAUAUUAACGCAGUAGUAAUGUUAGUAACGGUUAUUAGAAAUGAGUGUGCCAAUUCAGAUUGCCUUCGGGCAUAGUAAGGACGCCUAGAAUCUGAAGGUUCAUUUGUAAUGAGGAUGCUGACGAUGGUGGUGAUGAUGAGAUAGUGUAGGUUGUUAAGAAAGGUAAUUAAUGAACGAAUUGUGAUAGCUAGGACAGAGCCAGGGCCGGUAGGAGCUAGGCGCCGGCGGCCCGCUGGCCGAUGGAUGGAUGGACAGACGGAGAACUAGAUGACCGUUUCAGCGGACCUAAGACCAACACAUUUAUUAAAUAUUAAACAAAUACAACUAGGCAAUGUAAUAUGUCAAAUAGCGUCAGCAUAACACAUGCGUGCGUUGGUAAACGAAGGCCAAACAAACGUGACAAAGAAAGGUGCUGAGAUGAAUGAGGCGCCGAAGAUGUAAAGGGCCGUUCAAAGGGGAAAACAGAACGAAUAGUAAACAAGAUUAAGAGAUAAGAAAAACACAACAUUAUGUACUAUAUAUAUUAAUAUUUGUAUAUGGUGCGAUUCUCUCGGAAAGGAAAUGUUGCAGUCAUUUGAUCAAUGUCGUGUGUUAACCUCUUCAGCCGUAUCGUCCUCGUGAUUAAAGAUAUGGUAUUCUGUGAUGUUGUUAUAUAGUAGCUCCGACCAGCUCGAUAGCAACAAUAACGACAAUGUGAGAAACAGACAAACAAAAAAAAACAUCACCCAAGCCUUCAUAACAAUAGCAACAAAUUAUCACAACUUGAUGAGUACGGCGGUAGGGCAUCGUAACUCUAGUUUGGAAACAGCUAGUAUUACUAUUUCUAUUAUCUUGCUGAAUAUUUUGUGUUGAAAUCAACGAUGCCAGGCUAGCUUCAAUAGAGCGAAAGUAUACACACACACAAACAGAAAUGUAAUAAUAACAACGGUGAACAUACAACAACGUUUGCCAUCUCCUACCGAUAACAGUAACAAUAUGAAACAAAAGAAAUCAAAUACACACAAUCAACAAACAACUAGUGAUAAACAAUAAUAAUA